GUUGUCUGCCGUGGGAUUCGAUGAAAAUAAUUUUUCUUAUAUUAUAAUUGAUGAGGCAAGUCAAACAAUUGAACCUGAAAUGUUAAUACCUUUUGCAAUAGCGAGUUCCGGCAUCUUGUGUGAUUUUUAUCCACAAGUUGUUAUUGCUGGUGAUCCUCAUCAAUUAGGACCUGUCGUUCGUAGCAAAAGAUCUGAACAUCUUCUUGGAAUAUCUAUGCUGGAACGGUUAAUGACCACUUGCGAACCAUAUAAAAAACAGAAUGGGAUUUACAAUCCGAAUUAUAUAACAAAAUUGAUUAAAAAUUAUCGCAGUCAUGAAAAACUUAUACACAUAUCAAAUCAAUUAUUUUAUGACGGUGAUCUUAUAGCCUGCGGAGGAACCGAUACACAAAUCGCGUUAAACUGGCCGAAACUACCCAAUAAAAAUUUUCCAAUGAUAUUCCAAGAAGUUCGAGGUGGAGAAGAGAGAACUUCAGCCAAAAGUGUCUACAAUGUUGCCGAAGCACUAGUAGUGGUGCAUUAUGUCAGCAUGCUGCUGAAGACAAAGUUCCCGAAUUACAAAAUCACGGCGAAGGAUAUCGGUGUGAUAACACCUUUUAAACGGCAGCAGCUAGACAUCACUCGGCAAUUGGUAGCGAGACGCUUGGAAGACGUGACUGUGGGAACAGUGGAGAUAUUCCAAGGGCAAGAAAAACCUGUCAUAAUAUUGUCCACGGUGCGAUCGAAAACUUUCAAGCACAACGGCAGAGAGCACAUCGGUUUUUUAUCCAAUCCGAAGAGAUUUAACGUCGCUCUAACACGUGCCAAAGCGCUUACAAUAGUAAUAGGCGACCCAAAUGUUCUCUGCAAGAGUAAAUGUUGGAAGUUACUUUGGGAGUACUGUAAAAACCAAGGGGGAUAUAUUCCAUUCGAGCAAUGCCCAUUGAAGCCGGACAUGAUAGAGAAGUUAAGGACCAAUAAAAUCAAUCAUAAUCCGGCGAAGAAACUAUCCAUCAUUGUACAAUACAACAAGGAACAGAAUAAAUUAUCCGACGUGCUAGUGCGUCAAAUGAAUAACAUAACUUUGUAACAUAGACAUCCCUGCUUAAAAUAAUAGAUAGGAGAUGAAUGGAUUUCAUUACUAUAACAUAGAAUCUUUAUGUUGAUUGAUACGACGAGUUUUUAACCAAUGUCACAAUACAUACACUUCCAAUAUAGUUUAAUGAUAUUUUAUAAUAUUAUUUCUUUUAAUACUAUUGAAUAUGAA